CUCUCUUUGCAUGUCAGCCGAGCCAAUCAGCGAUCGAGCCCAAAAACGGGCCCACCCGCAGACAGACAGACCAUCCUCCCCUUCCUUUCUGUUUGCAUCAGUCGAGGUCCUCGUUGUCUUUGGACUGCUCCAGGUGCCCCUUGACGGCCGCGCCCACGUUGACGACGUCGAUAAGGAAUGUGUCGUGGCCGUAGAGGGCGUCCAGCUCGUAGUAGACGACGUACUGGUUGCCCACCUCACGCAAGAUGUCGGCGAUCUGCUUCUGCUGCCAGCUGGGGAACAGAAUGUCCGACUGCACACCCAUGAUCAAUGACGGCAUCUGCACCGCACCCGACGACCACAUACACACAGACAGACAGGUAGAGGGCUGGACAGAUGCGUGUGUGGGAUGGUUGUGUUGUUGCUCCAUGUCAUGUGCACCCACCUGUAUCGGUGUCAUGCCCUUGGCAAGGUCGGGCUGGCCGUCGACGCCCCUGUCCUCCAUUGUGAACAGGUCCAUCGCCUGCAGCACCACAGCACAGCCCUCCACUGGUGCCGUCGGCCAGCUGGACGGAAUGGACUGCGUUGUCAAUUUCUCUCUCACCUUAGAGAUGAUGAUCAUCGAAUUGGGGUCGUACUGAAGGCACCAUUUCUUUCCCUAAACACACACGCACACACAGUGAGUUCAGCCAUGCUCCCGCCCAUCCAUCCAUCCGUCCGUGCGUGCCUGCGUGGGCCAGGUAGGUAGAAAAGUCACCUGGUGCUCGAGGUACGACUCAAUGACAAAAUCGGCGUUGAGCGAGGGCCUCUGCUCGUUCCUCUCCCUCCCAAACCGCUGCUCCCACUCGGGGCCGCUCCUGUAGGUGAUGGUGCCGAUCUCCCUCGCCAGCUUCAUGCCCUGCCAGGGAAACUCACCCGAGUAGUAGUCACCCUCACCGAAAUUGGGAUCCGCCAUCUGCAGGCACGUUGACGCAUGACGGACGAAUGUGCAGAAAGAGGUGGCAGGGACGAUGCUGCGUGCUGGUGUGUUGGUGUUGGUGUUGAUGUGGGUGGUUGUCUGACCAGGACUUGUCGCUGUGCGUAUCUGAGUGCGAUGCUCAUGGGGUGGCUGACGGCGGCCGCGCUGAUGGAGACGAGCCGGCCGACCCUUUCCGGGUACAUGGCUGCCGCUGCGAUGCUCUGCAUCCCACCGAGACUCGAUCCUACCACCGCGUGAAGCUUCCCAAUGCCCAAAUCAUCUGUGCAGGCACACACACAGAGAGAGAGAGAGAGAGUUGGGUAUGGCACCUGUGCGGUUGUCGGCCGUACCGAGGAGAUGGAAGAUGGCCCGGACCAUGUCUUUGACGGAUAGGAGGGGAAAUCUGAGUGCGUAUCUGAUGCCGUUGCGUGGGUCGAUGGCAGAUGGACCCGUCGACCCAUAGCAGCCACCCAGGUUGUUGGUGCACACCACGAAGAACCGAUCCGUGUCGAGCGCACGACCGGGACCGAUGAACUUUUCCCACCAACCUGCACAGACCACACCACACGCACCCACACCCACACAGGAAAGGUGCCCGACUGGCAGUACUGUAUGGGUGGGUGGGUGUGUCUGUGGUGGUAGUGCUCACCAGGUCGUGUGUUUUUGGGUUGGCUCUUGGCGUGUGACGAUGCGCUCAGGCCGCAGGUGAGGAGGAUGACGUUGUCCUUAGCCGCGUUGAGGGUGCCCCAGGUCUCAUACGCCAGGUGGAACUCAGGCAGCAUCCCGCCGUACUCCAGUGGAAAGGGGUGUGGGUGGUGGUACAGCUCGUAGCCCGUCACCACCGACGAAUAGCUGGGCUCCGGGCCGUCGCUCUUGGCCGCUGACGCAGGCUGCCGCGAUGGGGAAGCGGACGAUGUGGCACUUGAAGGGGCAGAGGAUAGCGGGGGAGAGGGAGAGGGAGAUGGGGGCUGCUGGGACGCCACUGACGCCGGAACGGUGCCGUUGAUCAUGGAUAUCACGUACUCGGAGUCGACGUGAUGGCCAUUGGCCGACGAACUAUUCUGAAUGGCCGCAGCGCUCGCCGCAUUGCUAGUGCUGCUGUACGGCCGUCUUGACGAUGAUGAACCACUGCGUAUCUGCCGGCAGUGCGGAGGAGGGCUGGCAAAGGGCAACGGGCGCGUGGCGGAUGGCGUCGACACUCCAAGGGCAGGAGCCACGAGCCUCAGUGACGAGGAGAUCCGCCGCAUUGCGUCUCUGCUCACUGUAGCAGCGAGAGGAUCCAUCAUGUACUCGUCCACACCUGCGGGAGGAGCGUCUGGUGCUGCUAUUCGUACCGAUAUGGAGGACUUCCUUCUUGUCAGAAAGGAGCUGCAACCGGGCAGCAGCGGUUUCA